AUGGUGGACGUAGCAUGUCUGAAUGACUGUGAAUUGCAAAGCCAACUUCGAAAGCUUGGAUACUCACCUGGCCCAAUACUACCUUCCACCAGAAAGUUGUAUGAAAAAAAGUUAGUGCAGUUGUUGGUCUCACCAUCAUCAUCUGCAAAGAAAAGACCCAGCAAGCUGGAUGGACCUCAGGACAGUGAUGACAGUGAAGGGGUGGGGGUUGAAGAGGGUGGUUCUGUGGAUUCAGCCUUGGGCAUUUCCCAGAAACACCUGGUUUUUAUCAAAAUGCUGCUCCACCGGCUGAUUCACAACAGCCUCUAUGUCCCUGGCAGCUCCCAGGAUUUCAGAGCCUUUUAG